AUGAACAGAAUGGUUGAAUUAAGAUUUUCUGCAAUUUUUCUACAAUGCAUUUUCACUUUGUUUCCUGCAUAUCUAUUUGUCAAAUGGAUGAUGUACUGGAUUGUGUUUGCAUUGUUCUGUACAGUGGAGACAUUUUCUGAUUUCCUCCUUUCGUGGUUUCCCUUCUACUAUGAGUUCAAGAUUGUGUUUGUUCUAUGGCUGCUCUCCCCCUUCACUCAGGGCUCCAGUUUUCUGUUUCGGAAGUUUGUUCAUCCACAGCUUGCUCGAAGAGAGAAGGAUAUAGAUGAACUCAUUGACCAGACAAUCAAACAGGGCUAUUCAACAUUUUUUGAUCUGGGCAAUAAAGGCAUCAAGGUCAUCUUGAAGUCAGUCAUCACGGGUCAGUCAAAAUUGGUAGACCAUCUGCGUCACAGUUACAGCACCAGCGACCUCAGCAAUGAUGGCCAUGACAUUGUGCCACGGCAAGAUGCUGUCGGCGAUCGAGAGGAAGAAAAGGAGUACGAAUUAGACAACAGACUUAUAGAAGACCAAGCAGAAUUAGCUCUUAGCUCCACAGCUUCAAUAUCCAAAAGUAGAGGUUCAAGUUCAGCAUUAUCAUUGUCUAGUGUGAAAGAGGAAGAUGGGGAAGAUAGCGAGCAGGUGACGACAAAGACUUUCACCAUACCUUCCAGUACCAGACGGCAUUACUCGGCUAAAGAGAGAUACCAUCGCCUAACAAGACGAGAAAAAACAGAUUAA